AUGCCUCCUCGCAGGGCAGCAGCUUCAAACCCGCGCGACUCGCUCGCCUCCACUGCUUCGUCUAGAUCCUCUCUCUCGGCGUCUCCUACGCUCCAAGUCAAAUCGACUCGUUCAUCACGCUCUUCCACGGCUAACAGACCGAAAGCAUCUACAGCAGCCACAACUUUAAGAUCACGCAGACGCAUCCAAGAGUCCGAAGAUGAAGAAGAGAGCCACGACGACGAAUCGAGUGACGACGACCAUGACCAACAGCAAAGUGAGAAAGAGCACCACCACCCAGAGCAUGAUGAAGAUCAAGAGCCCGAUACCCCCGUAAAGGCUACCUCCAGCUCAAAGCCGGCAGCUAAGAAGAUCGCUAAGCCCGCCUCGCGCACAUCCGCAGCUCGAUCAAGACCUGCUGCCAAACUUACACCACCUCCGAGCAAACCUUCCAGAUCACGUGCAAUCAAGAUAGUACAAAGCGACGAGGAGGAGCAAGAACAAGAACAAGUCGACGAGUCCCUCAGUCUCGCCCGCGAUGACGAUGACGAUGACGACGACGACGACGACGACGACGAGGAGCAAGACGACCAACUACCUUCACCAACUGCUCAUCGAAGCUUGAAAUCUUCCUCAUCGUCCAAAGUAAAGCCUCAUCCUGUCAAGCAGCAAAUCUCAGACGAGGAACACGACCUCGACUCGGAUCUAUCCGAUGUCUCGUUCAAAGAGGCGCGCUCAGCUACUCCCGAGCCCAAUGUCGCCGCCUCUCCAACUUCCGAUCCACCGCAGACUCCCUCUUGCAGCCUCCUCAAGCAGCUCGCUUCUCCUGCCAAACCUGCCGCCCCCGCUGGGCCUCUCAAGCGUCUCGUCAUUCACAAGAUGGUUCUCAACGACUUCAAGUCCUAUGCCGGUCGCCAAGAGAUUGGCCCCUUUCACAAGUCCUUCUCCAGUGUCGUUGGCCCCAACGGAAGUGGCAAGAGUAACGUCAUCGACUCGCUCCUUUUUGUCUUUGGCUGGAGAGCCACCAAGAUGCGUCAGGGUAAACUUAGCGAACUCAUCCACAACUCGGCUGGAAAGGAGAAUCUCCCCCAGUGCAGUGUCGAAGUCUGGUUCCGAGAGAUCAUCGACCUGCCUGGCGACGCCUUCAAGGUCGUCCCCGGAAGCAAACUCAUUGUCUCACGUACAGCGUACCGCAACAACUCGUCUCAAUACUUUAUCAAUGCGCGCAAGUCUACGUUCACCGAAUGCACCACCCUCCUCAAGGCAAAGGGUAUCGACCUCGACCACAAGCGUUUCCUCAUUCUGCAAGGCGAAGUCGAAUCCAUCGCCCAGAUGCCUCCCCGUGCCAAGAACGAGCACGAAGAGGGCCUGCUCGAGUAUCUCGAAGACAUUAUCGGUACAAGUUGCUACAAGACUCCCAUCGAGGAGCAGGCCAAGCUCGUCGACGAAGCAAAUGAAAAGAGGGCAGAGAAACUCGGUCGUCUCAAGAUCGUCCAGAAGGAAAAGGAUGCGCUCGAGGCAAAGAAGCGUCAAGCAGAAUCGUUCCUACGCGAUCAGAACGAGCUCGCUCGACGUCACUCGGCACUUUGGCAGCUCUACAGUCUCGAAUCGAGGGAUAACAUAAAGGUCGCCACCAUCGCCAUCGAAAAGUACUCGGCACAGCUGGCGCAAGAGACCGAAAAGCAUUCGGGCUCGCGGGCCGAAAUUGAAGAGCUCGAAUCUGAAUACAAGACUAUCGUCAACGAGUUUGAUUCCAUCGCUCGCAGCACUGACAAGGUAGCCAAAGAGCUCGCCAAGUACGAAAAGGAAGAUGUGCAGCUGCAGGAGAAGCGCAAACAUCUCGAAUCCAAGAAGAAGAAGCUCGCAAAGUCGAUCGCCGACGAUCGCCAUGCUGCUUCAGAGGCAAAGGCAACCGCCUCCGACUCGGCUCACAAGAUCGAAAAGGAACAGGCCGAAGUACGCAAGCUCGAGGCAUCGCUCGAACGCGAAGAGGCGCAGCUCGAAAAGAUCCGCGACUCGCUCAAGGGAAAAACGGAGAAGUUCAGCCGCGCUAUCGAGCAGAAGCAGCGCGAGCUUCAGCCCUGGACCGCCAAGAUCAGCGACAAGAUGGCCGCCAAGAAUGUUGCUCAGGAAGAACGCGACCUUCUUGCUAGUCGCGGUGCCCAAGUCGAGACCAGCAUUGCCGAGGCCAAGGAGGCCCUUCGCAACCUCGAGCUCGACAACGAGUCCAAGAACGAAGAAGUCCAGAGUCUGCACCAGGAGAGACGUCAUCUCGAAAGCAAGAUGGCUUCAUGUCAGAAACAGCUCGACGACAUGAAGCAGCAAGAAACCCUUCUCCGCAGCAAGGUUGUCUCGGCGCGUUCGAAAGCUGACGACGCAAGGGCAACUGUUAGCGCCACUCGAUCGCGCGGUGACGUUCUUUCGAGCCUCAGCCGCCAAGCCGAACUCGGCAUGAUCAAGGGCUUCCAUGGUCGUCUCGGCAACCUGGGUGUCAUCGACGACAAGUACGACGUCGCCAUCAGCACCGCUUGUCCCGGUCUCAACAACAUUGUCGUUGACUCGGUCGAUUGCGGUCAGGCGUGCAUCGAGCAUCUGCGCAAGAACAAUCUCGGACGCGCCAACUUUGUUCUGCUCAACAGCCUUGGCAUUAGUGCUGCUGCGCUUCAACCCAUAGAGACGCCCGAAAACGUUCCGCGACUCUUUGAUCUCGUCAAGCCACGUGAAGCGCGCUUCGCAGCCGCUUUCUACCAUCAGCUACGUGACACACUUGUCGCCAAAGAUCUCGCUCAUGCCAACCGUAUCGCUUAUGGCGCCAAACGCUGGCGAGUUGUCACGCUCGACGGUCAAUUGAUCGACAAGAGCGGAACCAUGUCGGGUGGUGGUAACAAGGUCUCGCGUGGUGCCAUGAGCUCCAAGUUUUCUGCCGACGAGGUUUCGCCCGAACAGCUGCAGCGUAUGGAGCGCGAUCGCGACUCGCUCGAAGAAUCCUUGCGCGGCCACAUUGCAUCCAUGAAGACGGUCGAGUCUCUGCUUGAAGGUCACCGAGCUCGCGUGCCACAGAUCGAGGUGGCGCUCGACAAGAUCCGCAUGGACCUCUCGAGCGGCGAGCAGCGAGUGAGCGAAGCCAAGAGGCGCGUUGCUGAGCUCAAGGCUCAGAGCAAGCCCGACGCUGACGAUGCCUCGCGGAUUGCCGAGCUCGAUGUUCAGAUUGCUUCGCUCGACAAGGAAAUCGCAAAGCUGAGCGAGAAGAGCAAUGCCAUCGAAAGCGAUAUCGAGAAGCUGCAAGAGCAGAUCCUCGAAGCUGGUGGUGUCGAGCUGCGAACGCAGAACAGCAAGGUGGACAGUAUCAAGGACAAGAUUGAGCUCUCUUCCGAGCUUACCACCAAGGCUGAGGUCGCCAAGUCCAAGGCUGAAAAGGAUGUACUCAAGCUAGAAAAGUCGCUCGAGAAGAACGAGGCACAAUCUGAGCAACUCGAAGGAGAGCUUGAGCAGUUACGCGACCAAAUCGCCAGCAACACGCAGGCUGCUGAUGGCGUCCGCGCCAAGGUUGAGGAUGCUCAGCAUCUCAUGGACACCAAGGCUGAGGAGCGCGACGAGAUCAAAUCGCAGCUCGACGAGCGGUCUGAAUCCGUCAACGCUUUCCGUGCGCUGGAGAUGGAAAUCAAGCAGAACCUCGAGGACAACGAGCGCUUCCGAAGCGAACACGAAAAACAGCUCAAGCACCUGCAAGAGAAGCUUGCGGGCCUGUCGCUUCAUCACAUUGACGAAGACGAUGAGAGCGACGAGGAAGCAGACGAUAACCAAGCCGAUCAAGAGGACGCUGAUAAAGACGUCAAGGCCUCUGGUCAGCGUUCCAAGUCGUCGAAGCAGCCAACUUCGGGCAGUAGAGGGGAUAGCGACGAGGUGGACGCGGACAACGGCGAUGACGACGUCGAUGGAUCCAGCAACGAGCUGUUCGAGUUCCCCGAGGACGAACUGCGUGAAAUGGAUAAGAAGUCGCUCCAACGAGCUAUCACGGUCUACGAGGAGAAAGUGGCCAACGGAUCAGCCAACAUGUCGGUGCUUGCCGAGUACCGCAAACGUGAAAGCGAAUUCCUUUCUCGAGCCAAAGACCUCGAAGCGACGACGCAAGAGCGUGACGCGGCUAAGCAGAGAUAUGACGAUCUACGAAAGCAGCGUCUCGAGAACUUUAUGGCAGGCUUCAGCAUCAUCUCAUCGAAGCUUAAGGAGAUGUACCAGACGAUCACACUGGGAGGCAAUGCGGAGCUCGAGUUGGUCGACUCGCUUGAUCCAUUCGCUGAAGGCAUCCUAUUCUCGGUCAUGCCGCCCAAAAAGUCGUGGAAGAACAUUUCGAAUCUCUCCGGUGGUGAAAAGACCUUGUCGUCGUUGGCGCUCGUCUUUGCGCUGCACGCGUACAAGCCCACGCCAGUCUAUGUCAUGGACGAAAUCGACGCAGCGCUCGACUUCCGUAACGUCUCGAUCGUGGCCAACCUGAUCAAGGAGCGCACCAAGGGUGGACAGUUUAUCAUCAUCUCGCUGCGCAACAACAUGUUUGAGCUGUCGUCGCGGCUGAUUGGCGUGUACAAGACGGCGAAUUGCACGAAAUCGCUUACCAUCGAUAAUACCGAGUUGAUGGCUCCACCGCCGGCGAAAGCGGUGGUGGCGACGACGCCCCAUUCUCGACCAAGCAUGGCGAUAUUUGGUGGGUCGCCCGUAGCGACGCCAUUGCACCGCUCGCAACAGGCGCACAUGGUGGCAGCUACACCGCGACCAGGUGCACACAGCUUGUUGCCACCCAAAACGCCAGCUGCAGAUUCGCGGACGUCGGCCAAUCCGGGCUCGUCGUUGAAUCUGCAAGCACUCAUGACGCCGGCGAUCGGCAAGACGCCAUCGUCGGUGCUGCAGAGAUCCAGAAUGCACAAUUCGUUUGCUUCCACCCACCUACUCGCUGAAAAGGUCAAGGGCAUCAAAGGCCCUGCUCUCGGUGUGGCGGCAAAGCGGAGCGUAUCACAGACCCAGACCAUGCUCGAGACUCGCACACAAGCGACGGCUCAACAAUCACAACGAGGAUAA